UGUCACAUGAUCUAUGAGAAACAGAAAGUCAACCACAUGAUCAUUUGCCUGGAUUUGUGAUUUGUUAUUCUGGACGGUUUCUGGUACAUGUAGCAGUAUGAUUCUGAAAUAUUUUAUCUUUGUGUUUACUGUAAAUCUUAUGCCGAAAGACAUAUCUUCAGUACCAGGACACAGCUUUUGGAAAAUUAAAGAACUGGUGGAAAAUCAUCGAGAAAAGUCGGCGGUACAUGACUACAGAAGAUUAUAUGGCAGUAGUCAGAUUGUAGAGGAGGUUCUUUUGACACAGCCACUGGAUCACUUUGAUGCCUAUUCCUCUGAAACAUACCAACAGAAAGUUUAUAUCAAUACAGAAAACUGGAAGCAACCAAGUGGUCCUAUUUUCCUGUUCAUAGGAGGAGAGGGGGCACUAUCAAACAGAUCGGCUUAUGCUGGACACCAUGUUGAGAUGGCCAAGUUCUUUGGUGCCAUGGUUGUUGCUGCGGAACACCGUUUCUAUGGUUACAGCAUCAACGAUGAUGGUUUACAUCUGGAUCAACUUCAACACUUGUCCAGUCAACAAGGGCUAGCUGAUUUGACAAAAGUCCAUAACUACAUUACUACAAGGUACAAGUUAACAGAUAAUAAGUGGAUCUGUUUUGGUGGAAGUUAUCCUGGAGCAUUAUCUGCAUGGUUCCGCUUGAAGUAUCCUCAUCUGGUGUUUGGAGCAGUAGCCUCAUCAGCUCCUGUACAAGCUCAGACUGACUUUCAAGGUUAUAACGAGGUGGUGGCUAAAAGCUUAGCAGAUCCCACAGUGGGAGGAAGUAAGCAGUGUACUGCACAAGUAUCUGAGGCCUUCCAGAAAAUUGACAACAUGAUCAGUGACCACCAGACUAAAGACUUGGUGAAGGAUUUUCGCUCCUGUGGAUCCCUAUCUGAGCCCAAUGACCAAAUGGUCUUUGUUAACAACUUAGCAGGAAUUUUUAUGGGAGUGGUGCAAUACAAUAAUGAAGUCCCUGGUAUAAAUGUCAAGAAACUUUGUGACAUAAUGACAGAGUCAGGUGACUCCUAUGGCAAUCUACAGAAAAUAAGUCAGAUGAUGAUGAUGAAGACCAACAAUAAGAGUUGUGUUGACAAUACCUACUCCACUUUCUUGUCAAUGUUUAUUAAUCAGACCGUAAACAGAGAAGCAGUUGGGGCCGGUAUAAGACAGUGGAUCUGGCAGACCUGCUCACAGUUUGGAUAUUAUCAGACUUGUGAAGAUGGAACUAGCUGUCCUUUCUCCAGACUUCUGACCCUGGAAUCGAAUCUCAUCAUCUGUAAAGACGUGUACAAAAUCUCAGAGAACAUGGUGCCUAAGUUUGUACAGUUCACCAAUGACUACUACGGCGCGAACCAUCCAAAAGGCACCAGGAUUAUUUUUGUCAAUGGCUCCAUAGACCCCUGGCACUUCCUGAGUGUCCUGAAGUCAGACCAAGUCUCUGGAGAAGUUGCUGUCUACAUCAAUGGAACGGCCCACUGUGCUGACAUGUCAACUCAUAAAUCCACCGAUCCUGAGUCUCUCAAGGAGGCCAGGCUUAUGAUACAGAAAGAGAUUGAAUCUUGGCUGAAAGAAUCUUAAAGGAUGUUCUGUUUUCUGAAUUGUCUUUCUGACAGUCCCAUCGAAUCCUUUCUGUGCCAAUUAUUAAUGUCUGCUCUUAAAAAUGUAUUUUAAUCUUCAGUAACUACAUGUAAAAUGUCUUUAAUAUUGAAUACCUAGAGAAAUGUUGAAGUGAACAUCACAGAAAAUACAUCUGUGUGUAAACUGUGUAACAUAUUUAAAAAUGUUAACAAUAUACAAAUUGAGACAGAGAUAGAUAUCUCAUUUAAGAUUUUGUUUGUGAUAGUCCUCAGUGGGGACAGAUAUUCCAAUAUGAAAUAUUUUUUUUAGCAUGUGUAGAUUAUAUGAAAAACAUUGGGAAAAUAUGUAUACAA